AUGUACAAGGACCACAGGCCGUGUACAAGGACCCCAGGCCGUGUACAAGGACCCCAGGCCGUGUACAAGGACCCCAGGCCGUGUACAAGGACCCCAGGCCGUGUACAAGGACCCCAGGCCAUGCGCAAGGACGAUACCAAAGAGCCAUGCUUCGUGGAAUGGGGUGAUGUCAUCAGUGAAUCAGGACGGGGGCUCCGGAAUCCUGGCAGCCGCUUGAGCCCUGGACACUUGGAUACGGUCAGAGCUCUUCUCACCCUGUUGCGGGACUGUGCUCUGGCUCUCAGUAGGAACAGCCCCCCACCCUCUGUCUCCGACCUGAAGUCCUGGAGAAGGAGGGGCCAGAGGAAGAACAUAUGGACUGUCAAUCACGUCGAGGGAAUGAAACUCAAAAUGAACAAGAGGAGAAAACCCAGUUACCGCCUGGAGGACCAGGAGGCUUUCUACCGACUGCUAGAGGACCCUGUAAUCCAGAGCUUCUUGGAAGCAGACAUCUUCCUCAAGGUGUCUGACAAGUACCUGCUGGCCAUGGUGGUGGAGUACUUUGGCCGCGUGGGGCUGCCAGGACACCUCUACAACAGGAUCCACUUCUUCCUGGCCCUCUAUAUCGCCUCGGACAUGGAGGAGGACAACCCCACGUCGAAGCACAGCAUCUUCCAGUUCCUGCUGGGCAAGGAGCAUUGGCCAGAUCUCUACAAGGAGUUCCUGAAGCUGAAGCUGGAGUUCUUCCACGCCAUGGACCACCGCGCCUGGGUCACCCCGGAGCUGUGUGAGGAGAUACAGGCCCAGAAUCCUCACCACUGGGUCUGGAGCCGGGAGCGCCAGUGCACUCCCUAG